CCCGGCGGCGCGGCCCCGGCGCUGGGAGGCGGGGGCCGGUGGGAGGCGCGGGGCGGGCUGCGCGCCGCGAGAGCGCCUGCUGCCGGCGGCUGACGAUGGCCGGCUGAGUCGCGCGGCAGCCCGCGCCCGGGCAGGAUGAUGCUCCUGAGGGGCCCCUGGCCGCGGCGUCCGCGGCUGCCGCCGACACCCAGACCCGCGGGCCGAGUGCAUUCGCCGCCGCGAACGCCGACGCCUCAGGUUUUGUGUGUGAAGCUGUGUGGAAAUCUAAAAUACAGUCAAUCACAUCUUUAUAGUACAGUGGUGCCCCCUGAUGAAAUAACCGUUAAUUAUAGACAUGGCCUUCCCUUGAUAACCCUUACUUUGCCAUCCAGAAAAGAGCGUUGUCAAUUUGUGGUCAAACCAAUGUUAUCAACAGUUGGUUCAUUCCUUCGGGACCUACAAAAUGAAGACAAAGGUGUCAAAACUGCAGCAAUCUUGACAGCAGAUGGCCGUGAAAUUCCAGCUACUACUUUAAUGGAAAUUUUGCUAAUGAAUGAUUUUAAACUUGUCAUUAACAAAAUAACAUAUGAUGUUCAGUGCCCUAAGAAAGAAAAACCGAGUAUGGAGCAUGCCACCGACAUGGAAAAUGUGAAGUCCUUGGUUCACAGACUGUUUACAGCUUUGCAUUUAGAAGAGUUUCAGAAAAAGAGAGAGCACCAUUUACUGGAGAAAAUCGACCACCUGAGGGGACAGCUGCAGCCUCUUGAACAGAUAAAGGCUGGAAUCGAAGCUCGCUCAGAAGCCAAAACCAGUGGACUUUUGUGGGCUGGAUUAGCAUUGCUAUCCGUUCAGGGCGGGGCGUUGGCCUGGCUCACUUGGUGGGUGUACUCCUGGGAUAUUAUGGAACCAGUGACAUACUUCAUCACAUUUGCAAAUUCCAUGGUCUUUUUUGCAUACUUUAUAGUCACUCGACAGGAUUAUACUUACUCAGCUGUUAAGAGUAGGCAGUUUCUUCACUUCUUCCAUAAGAAAUCAAAGCAACAGCAUUUUGAUGUGGUGCAGUACAACAAGUUAAAAGAAGAUCUUGCUAAGGAGAACACAAAACCAGAUCCAACUUCCAAAAGUCAACUUUCAAAAAACCCAGGCGCGGGAGGUGCCAGCAGCCGCCCAGCCAGCCUCCCAAGGUUUAAAUGGCCCGACGCCCGGCAAGAAAGAACCGUCUGGAGGACAAAGGCGGAGCGGGCACGCCCCAGCGCCGGGCGCCGCUACCCCGGGCGGCCCUGAGGCGGCGGCGACCCCGCACGGAGUCCCGGGCUGGUUUUCUGGACCAGAAGGCAUUUAACAAGCUGCCCCCACCGGACUUGCGCGCUUCCCUCCAAUACCCGCAACUCCUUCCGGCCGUCCAGCUCCCGCGUCUCCGCCCCCGCCCGCGCGCCCCGCUGGGGAAGCUGCCCCGCGCCCCCUCGGCACCCGCGGGCCUACCUGCAGGGCGAGCCCCGCUGAGCCCCGGCGCCGAAGUCAUAGUGUCCCAGCACGCAGAGCUGGCGCCUGGGAAAGACUCAGCUUCCUGCAUCCAGGGGCCCGCAGCCCCCGCCCCUUCCUCCGCCCCAGCCCGCCCGUCCGCUCCCGGGAGGGGGUGGGGGCCGCGUCUGCGCUCGGAGCCUCCCGCCCGCCGAGCUCAGGCUCCUGCCCCCACUCUGGGGCGACCAGAGCGCGCGGGGAAGGCCGAGGGUCGCGGUCUCGUCCGCCUGGCGCCUGGAGACGAGCCAGCUCUGGGGAAAUGCCGGUUGGCACCCCGAGGACACACGGCGGGCCCCGAAUAGGGAAGCCGCAGGUGGUUUCACGGCACCUGCGGAGAAUCGAGGCUCGCAGUCCCCGCCCCCAGUGUUUGCUUCUCCCAGGGGGUGAGGGUUGCGUUUUCCGGCUUCCCGUUUAGUCCUUCCCCAGUGCGAGUUAUGUUAUAGGACUGUAAUGACUUAAACGCUGUUUGCUUGGGGGUUUGGGGACAGAGUAAACUAGAGGCAACCCUGGGAUUUUUAAAUCUGGUUUUCAUAGGUAGAGCUAAUUUGGGGAAGCGAUCAUAACUUCGGAGGCGGAACUUUGGGGUCUAUGUAUGUAGUCCUCACCGACAGUGCGCUGAGCGCCACCGGGUGCUCAAUAUUGCAUUGAACUGAGCUCCUCCUUCGGUUGGCUGUUGUGUGAAUUUGCUUCAAAGACCAGCUCUAAGAUCGGAUUAAAAGAUGGCCUCAUCUUUUGUCAUUUCUCUGGGUCUUGUCAUUUAAAAAGUAACUAACUUCAGACUGCGGGGAAAAUGUGUUAAAGUACCAUUUUUAAUACAUUAACAUAACAUAAGAGAUACUGAAGUAUAAGGGAUCCGUCUUCAAUAAAUAUUACCCUAUUUGGGAGAGAAAAAUUAAAAUCCAACUUGAUAACUUUU